AUGAACUCCAUGUGGCUCGAUCAAACCAAUCCGCAUGCUGUGAUGGAUCUCCUCCAAACAGAUUCCGACACUCGGUCGGUUUUAGCACUUCGACGCCAGAGGAACCGGGAAUCCAUGCAACGCUCGCGGCAGCGUCAACGGGAUCUAUUGCAAUGGCUACGGAAGGUAGUCACGGACUUGGAACAGCAGUAUCACGCCCUUCAACUGCGUGCGGUGGCAUCCCCGAUGUCAAAAGACGCAUGCAACAAAACUACAAGAUAUGCCAAAGCUGUUGAGCUGUUGAAACGCGUAGGGGCGUAA